AAAGAAAACAAUGGCAAGGGAUGAUACAGAAAAAGACUGACAUAUUCGUUUUUUAUUUUUUUUUGCGAAAAGAAAAACAAUUAAAAAUAUUUUAAAUUAAUUGUACAUUAUUCACACAAUAUUCAAAAUUAGUUUUACAAAAAGCUAACGAGUUCUUUUUCCAAAGAACAUUCAUUUCAAACAAAAAUAAUGUUCGAAAUAAGAAACAAAAACACAGUAUGUUUCAAUUCGAUGGUAAAAACUAUACGAAAAAGUGUUGUGGGCACUUAUCCAUCCUGCCACAUCCCAACUCGUUUAGAGGAGCGUCGAGCAAAAGCAAGAAUUCUAAGACAAGAAAGACGUCGCAAGCCAGACAAACCCGAUGACUUUGUUACCUACGAUGAUUCGGGAAGUGACGAAGAAACUCCUCAGCAGCAAGAAGAAGUACUAAACACAUCGUUUAAUCUGACCGAUUAUCUACGUAGUCGAGAGUCUAGUUUUGACGAGACAAGAGGUGUGAAUUUCGAACAUGCCAGUCGAUACGUUCUCACCCACGAUAUGUUACGAGAAACACAAAUUAACUUGGGAUACAUCAAUAAGGUGUUUUGCUCCAAAUGGCUUAGCAAUCGACAAGUUGUGUUCGGAACAAAGUGCAAUAAGCUUUUAGUUUACGACGUUAAUAUGCGUCGUGUUGAUGCAAUUCCAACAUUAUCAAAUAAUCGUGCUAACCAUCCAGAAGUUCAGGGUGGUCUCCAUGCAAUCGAAAUAAAUCCAAGUCGUACUUUUUUGGCUACCGGUGCGAGAAAUUCGGCAGACGUUGCUGUCUAUCGAUUGCCAACACUUGAUCCUGUGUGCGUUGGAGAGAACGGCCAUCGAGACUUGAUAAUGGGAAUGUGCUGGCUUGACGACCAGUUCUUGGUGUCGGGCUCGAAAGAUUCUAAACUAUCUAUUUGGAGAAUCAAUGAGGAUUACAUGGAUUUCCCAGAUGGUGGUAAAGAGGCGUGUCCAACUUUUGCCACAAUCAAUCCGCUCUGUGUGAAUACUUGCAGAACGGCACAAAGAAUUCGUUCGCUUUGUUUCAAUAAGGAAUUUAAGGAAAUAGCUGCACUCUCGCUUAAUGGAUAUAUUCAUAUAUUCAAUGCAGAAACUUUCAAACAAAAGCUCUCUAGAAAAUUACCAAAUUGCCAAGAUAAUGUCAGCAUAGCAUACCAUAACGAUGGACUUUAUGCAGUUGGGUGUAGAUCAUAUACCAUUUUACUGGAUGCCAGAACAUUACAAACAAUAAAAAAGAUCACAUCACGCUAUAGCGGCUGUGGAAUACGUGCCACCACAUUUGAAGGGAAUCUUCUAACCGUCGGCACCGGCUUGGGAAUGCUUUUAUUUUACGAUAUACGUGCUGGUAAAUAUCUCGAAAGCAGUGUCAAUGCAUCACGAACAGUUGCAUUAAAAUGCAGCAAAGGCAUUGUGGUAAGAAAAGAGUAUCCUGAAGAUGAAAUGGAUGGAUUUCAAGUAAAAUAUGUUCCUGCAAUUUAUACUCACUGCUAUGAUAGUACUGGUAUGCGACUGUUUGCCGCUGGCGGCCCACUACCCGCAACUUUAGUUGGAAAUUAUGCUGGAGUUUGGCAAUAGUAUUUAAAGUUAUUAGCAUGAUUAUAUCGUAUAAUAUAACUGAUAAAAAUAUGUUUAAAUUUAAAGUUAUUAUGAUUUAAAUGAACGUUUUAUAGUAACAAAUUGACUGAAAAAAAAAAAAAA